UCUUGUGACCGGAAGUGGUUCCUAAAACACGGAGGCGCAGCUUGUUAUUGUUUUACAGCCCGCUGACAAAUGACUCGAUAAAGUGUAAAUGGGAUUUUAAAGAUUUUAUUUAAGCGUACAGACGUCGAUGCAGACAACCACAGUGGGACCGGUUGGAGUUUUUUCAAAAAGGAAGUUUCUAAACAAGCGUAUGCAGCUUGUUCACCUCUCACCUCAUCAUGGUGGAGCCCACAGCAUCUGGCGUCUUCUGCAACAGGAUGUUGAGCAUGGUCAACUCUGAAGAUGUCAAUGCCAUCAUCCAGGCUCAGAGACACAUGCUCGACCGCUUCGAGAAAACCAAUGAAAUGUUGAUUAACUUCAACGGUCUGUCCAAUGUGAGACUGCAACAGAUGAAUGAGCGCUUCUUGCUCCACACUCGCACCCUUGUGGAAAUGAAAAAAGACUUGGACAGUAUCUUCAGAAGGAUAAGGACUCUAAAAGGGAAAAUUGCAAAGCAGUAUCCUGAAGCAUUCAGUAAUAUCCAUGAGUCGCCCAGUCUGGAGGAUGAUGAUGACGAGUUUGACCCGGUUCCUCCCAGCAUUGCCACAACAACCACAACAGCCACUUCAGAACAGAGCACAGAGUCAUGUGACACAAGUCCAGAUGUGAUCUCACCCACUGUAAGCAGAUGCUCUGAAGACCUAUCUCAAGAACCUCCAGACACACCCACCUCUGAUGUCCAAGAAAUAGCGGUCCUCCGAGAUGAGGGUCCGGACUCUGUACCUGCAGAAUAGAGCAGACUGUUGGUUCAAGGAUUUCAGUCCUUAAACCUGAGCUUUAAACUUAACCUGUGAUGGUAUAACUCUGUUGUCUAUUUUAGUCUCCACACUUUUUACAGUCCUGUGGGAAAGAUCACCAUGACCAGCAGGUUUUAUGUGGCUAUGAACUGGAUUUAUGUUGGCAUGUUUACUUGUUGUUUGUUUGCACAGCACUAAAAUAAUGCAGAUUAUACUUGAAGUAGUUUCAAACUGAGGCAAAAGCCAUCAUGUGUUAUAUGAUUAUACACAAAUUUAAUAUCACAUUGGGAACAAAUCCGACUCAAGAAAGAUGUCUGUAUGAGUCUCUUGAUUUAUGUUUCUCUCAAAAAAGAAGUUCUCAACUUCAGUUUUGUUUUUUUUUUUUGUUUUUUUUUUUUUUUUGGUCGUGUUAUAUUCAAGAGUUUUCCUGUGGGUUCUACAUCAGGAAAUAUGAGUUAAAGCCCCUGGGAAUGUUUUAAGCAACAUUCGAUACAGUGGUUUACAGAUCAUUAAAAGUUAAAUUUCUUCUCCAUCACAA